CAUUUCUAUAAACCAUUUUGAACUGUGUGGAGCGUUGACCUUAAAUAGUACUUUACUGAUUCAUAUCUAUAGAGUGAGUCUUGUGCAACCACUCAUCUUCUCUCAUCUCUAAUAACAAAUCCAUGUUUUCUUCAUCAUCAUCCAGACCCCAAUGGAUCUACGACGUGUUCAUCAAUUUCAGGGGAAAAGACACUCGUAGCAAUUUCGUCUCUCAUCUCUAUGCUGCACUAUCAAAUGCUGGAAUCAACACUUUUCUCGACGAUGAAAAUCUUCAAAAGGGAAAGGAACUUGGACCAGAGUUACUGCGAGCAAUCGAUGGUUCUCAGAUAUUCAUCGUUGUUUUCUCGGAAAACUAUGUCCACUCUAGUUGGUGUCUUGAUGAACUCCAACAAAUCAUGAAAUUUGACACAGAUAAGAAUCGAGUUAUUAUGCCUGUAUUUCACGGUGGUAUUACCCCUUCUUAUAUACGUGAAUAUGCUAAGCAAACUUUCGGAGAAGCUCUCACUAGAAGUAGCGACAGAAAUAAUUUGGAAAAUCCACCUAGGAGAACACUCAACAAUUCUUCGAAAUGGGAUAUGAGUAAUUUCAGUCAAAGGAGUGAUGUGAAGGAAAAUCCACGAAAGAAAGCACUCAUUGAUGCUUCGAAUUUGGCUGGUUGGGAUAUGAAUAAUUACAGUAAGGAAAGCAGUGUUGUGAAGGAGGUUGUUGGCCAAGUUUUGAAAAAAGUAGACAAAAAAUGCUUACCUAUCCCAGAUUUUCCAGUUGGGCUAGAAUCCCGUGCAGAACAGUUGAUUCGGUUUUUAAGACAUAACACAAGAGAAGUUUGUUUAGUAGGGAUUUGGGGAAUGGGGGGGAUUGGCAAAAGCACCAUUGCCAAGGUCAUCUACAAUAAUCUUUGUUAUGAAUUUGAAGAUCGAAGCUUCCUUGCUAAUAUUAGAGAAGUUUGGGCGAAAGAUAGAGGCCAAAAGGAUUUACAAGAACAACUUCUUUCAGAUAUCCUAACAAGAAAGAUAAAGGUGCAUAGCGUUGAGUUGGGAAAAGCUAUGAUCAAUGAACGACUCUCCACAAAACGUGCACUUGUUGUACUUGAUGAUGUGAGUACGCUGGAGCAACUAAAGGCACUAUGUGGGAGUCGAAAUGGGAUUGGUUCAGGAAGUAUAAUAAUCAUCACAACAAGAGAUGUGCAUCUACUUGAUAUCCUUGGAGUUGACUUUAUUUAUGAAGCGGAGGAAUUGAAUGCGUGCGAGUCCCUUGAGCUUUUCAGUUGGCAUGCGUUUAGGGAGGGGCAUCCAACUGAAGGUUUUCUUAGCCUCUCAGGAGAUGUAGUUUCCUAUUGUGGUGGACUGCCACUAGCCCUUGAAGUCCUUGGAUCUUACUUGUGCAAGAGGAGAAAACAAGACUGGCAGAGUGUAUUAUCAAAGCUAGAAAAGAUACCAAAUGAUCAAAUACAUGAGAAACUAAAAAUAAGCUUUGAUGGUUUAGAGGAUCGUAUGGAAAAGGAUAUAUUUCUUGAUGUAUGUUGUUUCUUUAUCGGUAAAGACAAAGCUUAUGUUACAGAGAUACUAAAUGGUUGUGGAUUUCAUGCUGAUAUUGGAAUAACAGUGCUGAUAGAAAGAAGCCUCAUCAAACUUGAAAUGAAUAAUAAGCUUGGAAUGCAUGCUUUGCUACGAGACAUGGGAAGAGAAAUUGUUCGUGAAAGUUCACCUGAGGAGCCCGAGAAACGUAGUCGACUGUGGUGUCAUGAGGAUGUAGUUAAUGUAUUAAAUGACCAUACCGGAACAAACGCCAUUGAAGGAUUGGUUGUGAAGUUGCAAGGGACCAGUAGUGUUUACUUCGAUACUAUUGCUUUUGAGAAAAUGAAGAGGUUGAGAUUAUUGCAACUUGAUCAUGUACAAUUCAUAGGAGAUUAUGGGUGUUUUCCAAAGAACCUGAAAUGGCUUUCUUGGCAAGGAUUUCCUUUAAAAUACACGCCAGAAAACUUUUAUCAGAACAAUCUAGUCGCUAUGGACUUAAAAUACAAUAAUCUUACACAAGUUUGGAAGAAGCCUCAGUUGUUGCAGAAGCUAAAAAUUAUCAAUCUCAGUCAUUCCAAAUGCUUAAAAAGCACCCCUGACUUUUCAAAAUUACCGAACCUAGAAAAACUCGUUAUGAAGGAUUGUCAAAGUUUGUCUGAGGUGCACUCAUCCAUUGGAGAUCUCAAGAAUCUUCUUCUAAUAAAUUUGAAGGAUUGUACAAGCCUUAGCAAUCUCCCAAGAGAGAUAUAUCAAUUGACAUCAGUGAAAACUCUCAUCCUCUCCGGCUGUUCAAAGAUUGACAAGUUGGAAGAAGACAUGGGGCAGAUGGAAUCCUUGGCUACACUGAUUGCAAAAGAUACAUCUGUAAAAGAAGUUCCCUAUUCAAUACUAAGAUUAAAAAGUAUUGGAUAUAUAUCCUUAUGUGGAUAUGAAGGAUUACCGCAUGAUAUUUUUCCAUCUCUCAUUAGGUCUUGGAUGUCACCAACAACGAAUCCCUUAUCACACAUUCCUCCUUUCGGUGGUAUGUCAAUGUCUCUUGUUUCCCUGAACAUAGAGACUAAUAGUUUGGGUUUGGUCUAUCAAUCAAAAAUACUUAGGAGUUGUUCAAAACUAAGAAGUGUUUCGGUACAAUGUGACUCAGAGAUUCAACUGAAACAAGAGUUCAAAAGAUUUCUUGAUGAUCUAUAUGGUGCAGGUCUUACUGAACUGAGAACAUCACAUGCAUCACAAGUUUCGGAUCUUUCCUUGAGAUCUGUUUUGAUUGGAAUUGGAAGUUGCCACAUUGUCAUCGAUACUCUUGAGAAGAUCUUAUCACAGAGAUUGGCAACCAAUUGUAGCAAUUCUUUCUUUCCGGAAGACAAUUAUCCUUCUUGGUUAGUCUAUAGAGGUGAAGGAGCUUCGGUAAGAUUUCAAGUUCCCGAGGAUACUGAUUCUGUAAUGAAGGGCAUAACUCUGUGUGUUCUUCAUUCAUCAUCAUCUGAAAAACUAAGAUCGGAAUGUUUGACUAGUGUCUUGAUUAUUAAUUACACAAAAUUCACUUUCCAUAUUUACAAAGGAGACACAGUAAUAUCGUUUAACGAUGAAGAUUGGCAAAGCGUGAAAUCAAAUUUAGGAGUUGGUGACAAUGUGGAGAUAUUUGUAGCUAUUGGGCACAUAUUGACUGUUAAGGAGACAGCUGUGUAUCUAAUAUAUGGAAUGGAAGUUGAGCCAACAAUUCAAGUGGAAGCACAACCAUCACCUGAUGUGAAAGCAGAACCAUCACUUUUUGUCAAGAAUAAACCAUUACCGAAGACAAAAAGAAUUUCUUUUACAAGACUUGCAAAAAGAGUGAGAAAAUGUUUAUGCUGAACCAGAAUUGAGAUCUUACCGAUUUUAUAUUGGACAUGCACUUUAUUAUAUAUGGAACUCUCUUGUAUGUUUUGUAAUAUAUUUUAGGGAGAGACUAGGGAGGAUGUACAAUGCUUGCUUGGGCAUUAAUGUGACUUGCAAAAUUUUUAAUCUUA